AUGGGAAGUGCCUGGCUCUGCAUCCUCUGCCUGGCCGGCUCUGGCCUCAUCCUGUCCAGCACCACAGAGCCGGUACCGGGGCUCCAACGCCCCCAGAGCCUGCCCGGGCAGAGCCAGGAGGAGAUGGAGCUGUGCGAGCCCGGGGAGCCCUGUGCAGUGCGGAGGGGGGCACGGAUUGGGAAGCUCUGCAGCUGCCCCCGCAGCACCACCUGCAAUCUCUUCAUCCUCAAGUGCUCCUGA